AUGGGGAGAAACAACGUUUACCAGUGUAGAGCCCUCCUUUGGCGGAUCUGCAGAAGAACGUUUGUUCUUCCCACGCCCCCCUGGGGGAGCAAAUCAAAUGAUGGAUUUGUUGCAAAGUUAGAGAAAGUGGCACGUAUACAAGGAAAACAAAACACACGAACCGAUAAAAGAACACUGUUCCUCACUGUACACACAAAAGGUAAAGAAGAGAGCACAGAGGUGAAGGACACAAAUCCACUUGGUCUGACUUGGCGCGUAGGAAAUAUUAUGAAGAAGUACAAGCUACACGUAACAUAUUAUUCAGUUUUCUUCUCCCUAUUUUGCAUAUUUUCAUACUGCGUUAUAAAGCUACUGAUUAUGGUUCUACAUGAACCGGUGUCUGUUAAAAUGGUGAAGGAGAGGGUAUUAAUGGACCAGGCGUUGGUAGAAGAGUAUGAGCAAGUGGCAUUCUCUCCCUUCUGGACUGGCUAUAUAAAUGAUGAUCAUGCUCGAAUAAUUAUUAACAUAAAAAGUUCGACGAAAAAAAACAAAAAGGGGAAAGUUAUUGCAAAUCUUGUAAAGAAGGACGAAACAUGGAUCAUUAAGACAUUAACCUAUUACACAGUUAAAAAGAAUGAUAACUUAAACACAGACGACUUGAAGACUCUGCGUCAAAGUGACAGCCAAACUUCCCUGUGCCCGGUGGAUCACAAAUCUUUGGGUGCACCCAAAGUUAAGGGCUAG